AUGGAGGGCAGCUCGCAGUCGGAGUCUGAGGUGGAAAACAAAGGGACGAGCGGUACAAAUGAACCGCUCGGAAUGCCCAUAACGUCGUCUGCUGGAUUUUCGCCCAAGUCAGAGGACCGUCACGACGGCACCAGCAAUGGGACAGCCAGGCUACCUCAGCUGGGCGGCGUGGGCCAGAGUCCCUACACGAGCGCUCCUCCGCUCUCCCACACACCCAACUCGGACUUCCAGCCCCCGUACUUCCCCCCGCCCUACCAGCCCAUCUACCCGCAGUCUCAGGACCCUUACUCGCACGUCAACGACCCGUACUCCCUCAACUCCCUGCACGCCCAGCCGCAGCCGCAGCACCCGGGCUGGCCCGGCCAGAGGCAGAGUCAGGAGAGCGGCCUGCUGCACCAGCACCGCAGCCUGCCCCACCAGCUGUGUCGGGAGUACCGCCGGGAAGUGCUGCUACCGUCCGGCCACGGCAUCGAUACGGGACUGUCGGACUCUAUCCCUAUCCAUGGAAUACCUCACUCUUUAGACGACGUUCAGUCUGUUGACGAUCAAGGAAUUCACAUUCCCGACCAGACUGUAAUUAAAAAAGGUCCAGUGUCUUUAUCCAAGAACAACAACAUCUCCUCCAUCCCCGUAAAUAAGGACGGUCUUUUCGGAGGGGUGGUAAACCCCAACGAAGUGUUCUGCUCGGUUCCGGGUCGCCUGUCCCUGCUCAGCUCCACAUCAAAGUACAAGGUCACAGUGGCGGAGGUGCAGAGACGCCUCUCGCCGCCCGAGUGCCUGAACGCCUCUCUGCUGGGCGGGGUGCUGAGGAGGGCCAAGUCUAAGAACGGAGGAAGAUCCUUAAGGGAGAAGCUGGAUAAAAUCGGCUUGAAUCUACCUGCGGGCAGACGCAAGGCAGCCAACGUCACCUUGCUGACGUCACUAGUCGAAGGCGAGGCGGUACAUCUUGCCAGGGAUUUUGGUUAUGUAUGCGAGACCGAGUUUCCAGCCAAGGCAGUAGCUGAAUAUGUAAACCGUCAGCAUUCCGACCCAAACGAACAAGUCCAAAGAAAAAACAUGCUAUUGGCCACAAAGCAAGUCUGCAAAGAGUUCACAGACCUGCUGUCCCAGGACCGCUCGCCGCUUGGAAACUCACGGCCGCAGCCCAUUCUAGAACCGGGAAUCCAGAGCUGUUUGACCCACUUCAGUCUAAUCUCGCACGGCUUCGGGACGCCGGCGCUGUGCGCGGCAGUCACAGCCCUGCAGAACUAUCUGACCGAGGCUAUCAAAGCCAUGGACAAAAUGUACCUCAACAACAACCCCAACAGUCACUCAGAUAACGGCACUAAAGGCGGAGACAAAGACGAGAAGCACAGAAAGUGAUGUUUCCAUCCCACCUUCACCGAGGGGCCAAAACCCCCCAGGGCUCUUCUUCAACACCGGCCCACACCCCUCCGCCUCGCCCCGGCCCGGCCCCCCACCCAUCCAAUAUAAAUAUUAUAAAUACCUUAUAAAUACUAUUGAUAAAGUUAAACGUGCCACUUCCUGAUCUUGCGCCGUUUCACAUGUUUUGUUUUUACAUCCCACUUUGGAUUCACGGGAAAAACGACGCAAGAACCUUCUUCUUCUUCUCCUUCUUCUUCUUCUUGUUCUUCUUCUUGUUCUUCAA